CUGAUCAAACGUUUCAUGGAAGAUUUGAAAUCUCAUCCAACGCCUUAUCGUGCACGCCUCACCUGUCAGCAAUACAGCGAUCGACAUUGUUUGCUCAAGUGCUAUUGUGCUAACCACGUUUGCCACGCGGUCAACAUUGCUGUUCAUUUCCGAUUUAGCAGCGCAGCAACUCAGCGUUCCUUCCUCAGAUCGACGAUGAUCGUCUCCUUCAUCCAAGCCUCAGCUCGCGCCGAGCCGGCCGCCCGGGCGCCGCUCCACGCAAUGCUGACUCUCCUCCUGGCCGCCGUCUCAAUCCUCGCCGCCGCGGCAUCCACCCAUCAUCCGCACCCGUUCGACCCGCUCUCUCCGGCGGAGCUCACCGCCGUGCGCGACGCCGUGCUCGCCUCGCCACUGGUCCCAGCCCGCCCGCUCACCUUCCACUACGUCGGCCUCGACGAGCCCGAUAAGCCUGACGUCCUAUUCUACGCCUACGGCAACUCCACCUCCUCCUCCCGCGCCGCUCUGCCCCGCCGCGCCUUCGUCAUCGCGCGGGCCGGCGGCGAGUCCCACGAGCUCCGUGUCGACGUAACCAACGCCGCGGCGCCGUCCGUCCUCGCUCACGCCAUCCACCACGGGGCCGGCUUCCCGAUUCUCACUCUGGAGGAGCAGUUCGCGGCGGUGGCGCUGCCGCCCGCGCACCCGCCGUUCAUCGAAUCCGUGCGCCGGCGCGGCGUCGACAUGGCCGACGUCCUCUGCGCCGCGUUCCCGGUCGGGUGGUUCGGUGACCUCCCGGGGGAGGAGCGGAGGGUGGUGAAGCUGCUGUGCUUCGUGGCCGGGGCGACGGCCAACUUCUACGCGCGGCCGCUGGAGGGCGUCACGCUGGUAGUGGACCUCGACCGGAUGGCCAUCGUUGGGUACAUGGACAAGGUGGUGGUCCCGGUGCCCAAGGCCAAGGGGACGGAUUACCGGACCGGCAAGACCGGUCCGCCGUACGCCGGCCGCACGCCGGCGCCCGGCGUGGUGGUGCAGCCGGAGGGCAGGGGCUUUCAAAUCGACGGCCACUUCGUCAGGUGGGCCAACUGGGAGUUCCACGUGGGCUUUGACAUGCGCGCCGGCAUGGUCAUCUCUCUGGCCACAAUCCACGACGCCGAGGCCGGCGGGCGGCGGCGGGUGCUCUACCGCGGGUUCGUGUCGGAGGUAUUCGUGCCGUACAUGGACCCGGCGGAGGAGUGGUACUACCGCACUUUCCUGGACGCUGGCGAGUACGGACUAGGGCUCUCGGCCUUCCCGCUCCAGCCCGGCGCCGACUGCCCAGCCAACGCGGCCUACCUGGACGGCUACUACGCCGGCCAGGACGGCAAGCCCGUCGAGAAGAAGAACAUAAUCUGUGUCUUCGAGCGGUACGCCGGCGAUGUCGCGUGGCGCCACACCGAGGCCGGCUUUCCCGACCGAUUGAUCACGGAGGUCCGACCUGACGUGAGCUUGGUUGUGAGGAUGGUGGUUUCGAGCGGGAACUACGACUACAUACUGGACUGGGAGUUCAAGACCAGCGGCUCCAUCAAAUUCACGGUGUCUCUUACCGGUCUCCUGGAGGUGAAGGGGACGGCAUACACGCACGCCGACCAGAUCACGGAGGACGCGCACGGCACGCUGGUGGCGGAGAACACGCUCGCCGUCUACCACGACCACUACAUCACGUACCACCUGGACCUCGACGUCGACGGCACCAACAACUCCUUCGUCAAGAACACCAUCGCUACCAAGCGCAACGUGGCCGGCACGCCGAGGAGGAGCUACUGGACGGUGCGCCGGGACGUGGCCGAGACGGAGGCGGACGCGCAGGUGGACGUGAACGCGGCGCCGGCCGACCUGUUGGUCGUCAACCCCAACAAGCGGACCCGGAUGGGCAACGAAGUCGGCUACCGGGUCAUCCCAGGCGGCGCGACGGCGGCGUCGGUGCUGGACGACGACGACUACCCGCAGAGGCGCGCCAGCUACUGCAAGAAGCAGGUGCGGGUGACGCCGUACAGAAAGGCGGAGAAGUGGGCGCCCGGGCUGUACGCCGACCAGAGCACCGGCGACGACGGCCUGGCCGCUUGGAGCGAGAAGAACAGGGCGGUCCGGAACGAGGACAUCGUGCUGUGGUACACGGUGGGCAUCCACCACAUACCCUACCAGGACGACUUCCCGGUCAUGCCGACCGUGAGUGGCGGGUUCGAGCUCCGGCCGGCGAAUUUCUUCGAGAGGAACCCGUUGCUCACAACGAGACCGCCCGGGCUUGACCAGCCGCCUCUCGUGAACUGCUCGUGCACCGGUGAUCCCAGAUGACACGUCCCAGCCGUGCGAUACAGAUUUGGCAUCAUCAUACGACAAAUUGUAACGUUGGUGUGUGUUCUGUUGGACUGAAUGUUUUGGUGCUUCUACAUAUCCUGAUGUGGUGGUCUUGGGCACUGUUUGUAACUGAUCGAGACAUGCUGCGAGUGGCCUUUUUAUUUUCUAUCAUUCAUUAAUAAAAAAACCGUGGUUAAUUA